UCGUACCGUCCUGACGUCCGCGGUUGCCAUGGAGAGGCCCACCGCUUGGGACCGAGAGCAGGCGCCUGAGGCAACAAGGUUGGAGCGUGGCUCUGAAGUCUCGUCAGCUACCACCAUGAGCGGCCGAAGUCGGGGCAGAAAGUCCUCCCGCGCCAAAAGCCGGGGCAAAGGCCGCGCCAAAGCCCGCGUCCGCGCUGCUCCUGACCACGUCCCGCAGGACCCGGACCCUCCACAGUGCCAGCGGCUCGGGGAGGAAGCCCCGGCAGCACAGGUGCGGGCUGACGCGGGUUGGGGUGGCCUGGAAACCGCUGAGCCCGCCCCGCCCUGCGGGCCCGGGGAGGAGGCCGCCUGCCAGCUCCCGCUGGACUGUGGCCUCGCGCUCCGAGCGGCGGGCGAGCGAGGGCAGGCUGCGACCAGGCUCGGCCUGGGGAAGGCCACAUCCCUCUCGGAGCGCCUGGUGACGGACACUGUCUUCGUAGGCACUGUGGGAACUGUGGGAAGGCCGAAAAAUGCCCCCCGCGUUCGAAAUCUGCGCGGGCAUGCUGGGAAGAAGGCCCCAGCGGGGAAGGGGCCUCAGGCCGCAGCUGGUGGGAGGCCGAAGAAAGGGAGCACUGGGGAGUGCGCGUCAGGCCCAGUGGUAGAGGAAAAGAAGGUGGAGACCGACACAGGGUCAGGGCCCGCAGCCACGGAUGGCAGCAUGGAUACGCUGGAGACCGUCCAGCUGAAGCUGGAGACCAUGAAUGCCCAGGCGGACAGGGCCUACCUUCGGCUUUCCCGCAAGUUUGGGCAGUUGCGACUGCACCACUUAGAGCGCAGGAACCUCCUCAUCCAGAAUAUUCCGGGCUUCUGGGGGCAAGCUUUUCAGAACCACCCCCAGCUCUCAUCCUUUCUGAACAGCCAAGACAAAGAAGUACUCAGCUACUUGAACAGCUUGGAGGUGGAAGAGCUUGGCCUCGCCAGAUUGGGCUACAAAAUCAAGUUCUACUUCGGGCGCAACCCCUAUUUCCAAAAUAAGGUGCUCAUCAAAGAAUAUGGCUGUGGCCCUUCUGGCCAGGUGGUGUCUCGUUCUACUCCAAUACAGUGGCUCCCAGGGCACGAUCUCCAGUCCCUAAUCCAGGGGGGCCCAGACAACAGCACUAGCUUCUUUGGAUGGUUUUCAAACCACACCUCUAUUGAGUCUGACAAGAUUGUCGAGAUUAUUAAUGAGGAACUGUGGCCCAAUCCCCUGCAGUACUACCUUAUGAGUGAAGGGGCCCGUGCAGAGAAAGGAAAGGAGGGUAGGCAAGGUCCAGCAAGGCCCCAAAUGGAGACCCCUCUGCCUGGAGUAAACAAAUCCAAGUAAUCUUGCGCAAGUCUGCCUACUACUUCCUGGUGGACCACAUGUGUUUGGCUGUCUGCCUUCUCUUCAUGUUAGCCUCUGUGCAUUCUUUUCCCUUUGAAUUUCAGUUGCAAGAAUAUGGCAUUUAUGAUCAUGUUCUUUUGCCUCCCUAUGGCCUUGUUUUUUUACAUUAGUGUCACAGGUUAUGUGAUCUUACUCCUACUGUUUAUAUGUUAAGCACACAUGCUUCAGAUGUAUACUGCCUUUAUCUACAUGCCUGGACUCUGUUCCUGACUCUGGCAUUUCUCUCCUGUCUUUAAAAUGGACAUUCAACAGUCAUUCUCCAAGAGGACCAAUGCAUCCUUAAGCUUUACUCCUUCAGGGCCGGUGACUUCAGUGUGCUUUGUAUGCAUGCUGGCCAUGCAUGCUACAUAUGGCAAAAUUUUCUGUUGCCACUGGAAAAUGAAGCUAGUGCACAUGGUACUGGCCAUCAGCCAGAACUGAUUGUUCAAUGGCUCUGGGGUCGAUAGCCAAGGCACCACCUAUGGGAUCUCUGGCUUUGGACAAGAGUCCAUGAUAUCCUGCCAGACACGCAACAUACUGUCACUUGACUGCUGGGCAUGGAUGAGGUUAAGGGUGAGAAGCAGUAUGCCGUGUGUUCUAUACCAUUGUGUGUCACUUGCCUCCAAGCUUCCUGUUCAACAAGGACCUCAAAAACUGCCUGUGAUGGGCCCAGGCCUCCUGCCGGUGCAUGAGAUACACACCUGCUCUCCCCAGCCUUCCAGGAAUGCUACUGGCUGUCAGACUGAUGGGUGGGCUGGUAUGUGUGGACAUGUGCUCACUGGCAUUAUGUUGUGGAUCCAAAUAAGGUUGGAGACUAAACUCUUAGAAUCUAGGUACCUUUCUCAACUCCUCUUAUCCCUUUAUCACACAUGACCAGAAUGCUAUAGUGAGGUUGCUAGGGAAAAGGUAUUUUUCAUAUGUGAGCCUGUGUCUACUUCAUUUCAUACUUCCAUAUCUCCUUACUUGCUUUUCUUUCUUUGCUUCUACCUUCAAAUACCCAUAGGAGUAGGCUUGUCUCUAGUAUGGGGUAAUCCCAAGGAUCUAUUCUGGGAGUAUGGGGACAGGGGUGGGCAGAGUCUGUUCUGGAUCUCCCAGACUCAUUUCCACUGGGUGUAAAAGCUGAGCUGGGCUCUCCAUGCCUAGGUUUCUCUGUGUUCUCUUUCUUCCUCUCAUCCUUGAGGGUGGAGAAGUAGGCCUGUAUCUCUACUUGCCCUCCCCCUAAGUUCCCUUUUCUUAUGAAAGACUUCAUUCUGAGUUCUCAGAGGGCUGUGGAGACCUUGACGCAGACUUGUAGAGAGAUUGUGCUAGGCAGGGGAGUUGGAGCAAAAAUAUUGUACAGGAAUGAGUCUGGUAUAGAGUGGGCCUAGAAAAGCAGAUAGAAAUGGCUUUAGAAAGCUCAGGGAGAAUAUACCUGUCUCUCAGUGACAGAGGGGAUGUGGAGGGACCUUCCCAAGGGUGGGAAUGGGAGCAUUAAAGGGGUUACUGGCAAAUACAGGGUAACAGGAUACAAACACUAAAUGAGAGGGUAUGUCCAAAAUUUUGUCUAGGUGAGGAUAUGCCCAAAGUUUUGUUCAAUUUCUAUUUCAUUAUUAAUGUGUUUUAUAAAUAAGAGAAACAAAAACAGAACUAUACUACUUGGAUGCUUUUUUGUUGUUCUAGGUGUGGCCUUAUGUAUGUUGAAGAUUAAUGUUAUGUGCUGCUUAUUUUGCCUCUAAGUAAAAUCUUACCACUGUCCUCAUUUUGCCUAAUGGGAAAAUAGAGCUGUAAAAGAAUGCCUUUUAUUUCUUUUAAACUUUUUGCUCUUUAUUAUGGACAUUUUCAAACAUGCAUAGACGUUAAGAGGAUUGUCCAUGGAUCCUAUGUACUUAUCACCUAGCUGAAUCAGUUAUUAAUUUAUGACCAAUCUGGUUUCAUCUGUAUCUCCCUCUUCCUGCCUGUAUUGUUUUUCAGAAGUCCAAGACACUGUGCCAAUUCAACUGUGACUUUUGGGAGAUUGGGACUUUCUUUUGGUGGUUAGUGGUGGGGUACACUAUUAUUGCAUCAGAUCUGCCUUUUGCUCUUAGUGGUAACUAAUGAGAUUUCAGAGAUGGGAUUUAGAAUUGUAGGUAUUCAGGAUUAAAAAAAGUCUCAACUGUUAGAAUUGAUACCAACUUGUCCUGGUCUCAUAACUCCAGACUUGGAAGUAUAAUUUGGAAAUUGUUGCUGUGUUCUGUGAAAAUAAUCUCCCAAAAGUAAUUAGUAACUGGUUGUCUUACUUGAUAAUUUGACACCCUGGUAAUGCA